AUAUGUUCCUCACUAGCGCAGAAAAGAUAAUUUGUUUUCAGACCGUUUGUGGGUUGGUGGCAAGCACUCUUAACUUCCCAUCCUUCUCUUCCAUCACCACCACCAACAAAAAUCACCACCGCCGCAACGGUACAACCACUGCCUUUACAAGAUCCCAUAAUAACACAAAAACAAAAUUCCAAAAACAACAUAAAUAAUACAUUACUCACAUGGAUCUGCUAUCUACUUCCUGUGUUAGCCACAUUCUCACUAUCUUUCUUGCUCUCUCAUUACUCUCCAAAGGUGUUUUGGGAGCAACAUUUACAUUUGUCAACAAAUGUGACUACACAGUUUGGCCAGGCAUAUUGGCCAAUGCCGGGAGUCCAGCACUGGACUCCACGGGCUUUGAGCUUCCUGAACAAAGUUCCCGAACUUUCCAAGCUCCAACAGGCUGGUCCGGCCGCUUCUGGGGUCGGACCAGCUGCAAAUUCGAUGGAUCUGGUUCAGGCUCCUGCCAGACCGGCGACUGCGGCUCAGGCAAGCUCGAAUGCAACGGGGCCGGAGCCGCUCCACCCGCUACCCUAGCAGAGUUCACACUCGGUACUGGCGGGUCAGACUUUUAUGACGUCAGCUUAGUAGACGGGUACAAUAUUGCAAUGAUUGUGGAGGUUUCUGGCGGGUCGGGUUUAUGUGCAACAACCGGGUGUGUUAAUGAUUUGAACCAGCAGUGCCCGAGUGAGCUGCGGGCUGAGUCGGGUCAGGGUUGUAAGAGCGCGUGUGAGGCGUUUGGGAGUCCGGAGUACUGUUGCAGCGGCGCGUAUAAUACACCCGCUACCUGUAAGCCGUCGGUGUAUUCGCGGAUGUUUAAGUUGGCUUGCCCUAGAUCGUAUAGUUAUGCGUAUGAUGAUCCAACUAGCACGUUCACAUGCGCUGGAGCAGACUAUACGGUGACGUUUUGUCCUUCUAUGCCAAGUCAGAAAUCUUCAAAGGACACGUCACCUACGUCAACCACCACCACCAACGGUAACACUAACACCAACCCUAGCGGCAGUGACGGGUCACUUUCCGGGUCAAGUACAGAAUCUGGAUACGGGUACGGUUCAUUAUCUGGGUCCGGCUCUGGAUCAGGUUUGGGGUCAGAAUCAGAAACCGGGUCGGGUUCUGAGUCCGGAUCCGGGUCAGGAACCGAAGCCCUUGAGGCUAAUGGCUCAUGGUUAGCUGGUUUAGCCAUGGGUGGUUCAAGUUCAACAAAGACUAAGCCUUUUGGUGCCACUGUUUCUUUCAUCAUGUUGUUUUUCUUGGGCUUGUUGUUUGUACAAAACUAAAAUAUCUAAAGCCAGAGCAUUGUACAACUCUUAAUUCAUAAGAUCAUAAGAUACAAGUUAAUGUAAGUGUACUUUUAUGGAUUUAGUUACUAUUGCUUUUGGAGAAAAAGACAGCUAGAUAUUGGGGAAUUUUCUUUUGGCAGAGAAAAAACUUCACUUAUUUCGAAGUGGCAGAUGUGAAAUGACGGUAUUGCACUUGUGUUAUUAUUCUGAGGGUAAUAUUGUCUUUAUAGCCUUGGAGUUCGUAAAAGGAGAUGUCUUAUUUUAUGGAAAAGUUGUAAUUUGUAGAAACGCUUUUCUAGAUUCGUGUCUGUUAAAUAUUAUUUUAUCUUCGUAUGCAUUAUCAACUUCUU